AACAUUAUUUUCCAAGAUAACACCAAACUCAAACAAUUUGAAAGUUGUCUAUCAUCUGGAGAUUGAGAAUUACAAGAUUUGGUUCCAUUACCAGUAUGAACCACAAGGCAAUACAUCAACAAUUCMACUUGUUCCUCUGCAAAGYMAGAGUCAGCAUCUCAAACCCAAUGAGUGGCAUUUGAUUACAGUGACUGUAGUUAGUAAAUACCUGUCGUAYUUUAUUGAUGGGAARUUUAUUAAAGCUGCAUCACUUAAAGCUGCAAUAAAUGAUCCUAGCGGGCGGGUACGCAUUGGGCAAAGAUAUGGAGGCUCAAGUCAAUAUGAAGGUCUMAUGCAAGACAUAUUUUUGUACAACAUUGCAUUAACAAACAGAGAAGUCACAGAAGCUUUCACGGGAGUUCUUCCCAAAGUGUACAUUGCAAGUCAGUGUCGCUGUCCACCAGACUACCCCAAAGUAAUGGAGUCAAAACCUGCUAAAUGUACAAGAAAUUUAGACAAUUCUGUUGGUGAGGAGAAAUUGCGUUUAGCUGACACAGCACAUCCCAUUGAACUAAUUUUUUAUGUAAUCCUCGAGUUUUAUGGUCCUCAACCAUCAGCGAUAAUAAUUGAGAGAUCACGUGACAAUGGUCGUACUUUUGAACCUUGGCAGUACUUUGCAGAAGAUUGUAUCAAAUCCUUUAACAUGGUCAACAAUGGUCCUUUGCCACAACCAGAUUCAGUCAACUGCUUGCAAUAUGACUUGCCCCUGAAGCCUUCAUUGGCCACUAUUUCAUUCAAGACAGAGAAGGCUCCACCUCAAGGGUCUUCUAUUCCUCCACGACCAUUCGG